CUGCUGCUGCUGUGUGUAUAAAAGGUGUAAAAAAGGCGGGAGGACAAAUCGCGGGUGUCACUGGUGUCCCUGAAGGCGGAUCUCUGCGCGGCUCUGAUACAACAAAAGGCCAACAUGUGCUCCAAGCUAGAAACGGCGAUGCAGUCUCUGAUCGAGGUUUUCCACUCGUACUCUUCGAAAGAGGGAGACAAGAACAAGCUGAACAAAGGGGAGAUGAAGAACCUUUUACAGGAAGAGCUCAGUGAAUUCCUGACGGCCUGUAAAGAACCCGAUGUGGCAGACAGUAUAAUGAAGGAACUGGAUGAGAACGCUGAUGGAGAAGUGGACUUCCAGGAAUUUGUAGUGCUGGUUGUAGCUCUAACCGUUGCCUGCAAUUGUUUUCUUGAAGCUCAGGGGUGCAAAGAGUAAUACGGAGUCAUUCUUGGAGCACCUUCUGCCUUCUCUUAAUAAACAUCAUUUCUUUAAAUGAA